GGCUCGGCCGCCGAGAGAAAGGCGAACGGGAGAAGGUGGAGAGAAGCUGUAGAGGGACGCCACGGCACCGCGAGCACACCGGCGAAGCAACGGCUACGGCGCUUCUUUGCACAGGACGAUAACGUCAAGAGCACAGGACACUCCUGGGGAGCCCCCGCUAGCUGGAGAAGAGGAGGUGGAAGGAAGGGGAGGGGGCAGUUACUCUGAAACUACCGUCAGGAUUACAGAGAGCCACCGUCACAGCAGCUUUCACCCAGAAGUUGACCUACAGAAGACGUCAUGCUGAAGUCUUGAGCUGAGGGAGACUUCAUCCUCAACCUGUCACUCGUCUCUUGUUUGUUAUUCCACACCGGGUCCACUCUCCAUCAGUCACCGAGUACCAACACCAACAACCACCGCCUCCACCUUUUCCCCUACCCCCCCUGCCCAGCCUGCCGUCACCAUGACGUCGGAGCUGGAGAGCAGCCUGACCUCCAUGGAUUGGCUUCCACAGCUGACCAUGCAGGCGGCCAUUCGCAAGGCGGACGCCCAGAAUGCCCACGGGCCAGGCAUGGGCAAGAAGAGUACCCUACUGGAUCCUAACACCACGUUGGACCAGGAGGAGGUGCAGCAGCACAAGGACGGCAAGCCGCCCUACAGCUACGCCAGCCUCAUCACGUUUGCCAUCAACAGCUCGCCAAAGAAGAAGAUGACACUGAGCGAGAUCUACCAGUGGAUCUGUGAUAACUUUCCCUACUACAGGGAGGCGGGCAGCGGCUGGAAGAACUCAAUAAGGCACAAUCUGUCAUUGAACAAGUGUUUUCUCAAAGUGCCUCGCUCCAAAGAUGACCCAGGAAAGGGCUCUUACUGGGCCAUUGACACCAACCCAAAGGAGGAUGCCUUGCCCACGCGGCCAAAGAAGAGGCCGCGGUCUGGAGAGCGGGCUUCCACGCCGUACAGCCUGGAGUCGGAGUCUUUGGGGAUGGAGUGUAUGAUCUCUGGAAGUGCCUCUCCAACACUGGCAAUCAACACUGUGACUAACAAGGUGGCGUUGUACAACACAGACCAGGAAGGGAGCGAUAGUCCAAGAAGCAGCCUUAACAACAGCCUGUCUGAUCAGAGUCUGGCCUCCGUCAAUCUCAACAGUGUGGGCAGUGUGCACAGCUAUACACCGGUGACCAGUCACCCAGAGCCCGUGUCCCAGUCUAUGAGCCUCCAGCAGCCCCCACAGUCCCAGUACAACAUGCCAGACAGGGACAAGCAGCUCCUGUUUUCUGAAUUUGAAGAUCUCAGUGCCUCCUUCCGCAGCCUUUACAAGUCUGUUUUUGAGCAGUCCUUCAGCCAACAAGGUCUGAUGGGCAUACCGUCAGAUUCCUCCCAGCAGACCCACACCUCCUGCUCCUAUCAGCACUCCCCCAGUGGCACCAUUAGCACUCAGAACAGCCUGUCAAACAACCAACCCAACAACCACCCCAACAGCCACUCCGCCAACAGUGGCCAGGUGCCCCUGUCCCAUCCUGCCCAAGCCCACCCUGGCCAUGGCUCGCCGCACGCACAGCACCUCCCGCAGCACGGCGGCCCCCACAAUCAACACAACCAACACAACCAACACAGCCAACACGCCCAGCACAGCCAACACAGUCAGCACCCACAGCACCCCCAGCACGCUGCGCACUCCCAGCACGGGCAGCACCCAUCGCAGCACCCGUCCCACGGCCAGCACCCACAGCAACACACGCCACACCCCUCCCAACACACGCAGCACAGCCAGCACCCUUCUCAACACGGACAGCAGCACCAGAGCCUCUCCCACCAGCCCCAUCCUACCCAGCAACAGAUGGCCUGCAACACAGGUUUACUGUCUGACUGGUACCCAAAUCUGGAUGCACUGAAAGAAAGCUGUCGUAUUGCUAGCAGCUAUAACUGGGCUGAUGUCGACCUUUCACCUUUCCAAGGAUUGAGGGAGAGUAUGAGACAAGCGGAGUUGAACAACUGGUCCCUGGAGCCCACCCAGAUCGCCGACCUCUGCUCGUCCAUCAAUCAGUUUUUUGCCCGCACCGGUGUAAUCCAGCCACAAGGGGCAGUGCAGCCUCCUGUUUGUCAUGGCUCCAUGCACCCCAACAAACCCAGCCAGCACCUCAACACAGGAAAUCUCUACAUGGACACCAGACAGAGUAUGUCCAUGAUGGGUCCUCCAGGAUAUCCCCACAUGCCCCCCAUGAGCAGCACAGGACCCACAAUGACAGGACACCAUGCACAGAUGAACCAGCAGCACAUGAUACCUACCAGAAACUUCCAGAUACAUCGCAUGCCAGCUGAUGACAUCCAGGAUGACUUUGAUUGGGACUCCAUUGUCUAAGCCCCUAGACCUCCUUUUGCAAAACAAAAGGGAGCGAGGAGAGGAGGUGGAAGCCAGAGGAAGCCAGGCUGAGCUGAAAGGCCGCAGGAGGAGGAGGAGGAGGAAGCCACUGUGGGUGGGAUGCAGAAGAACAUUUGACAAGCUUUGGAGAAAGACAGACUUCAGAGUCCUGACAUUUUUACAAAAGCAAAACAUAACUAGAAAAUGUUACUUUGAAGACAAUCAUAUUUAGUCGGACAUGUUAAAGUGAUUGCUUAUGUGCUUGUCUAGAGACAAGUAGAACACAUUCACGUCUAAACCACAUGCUCCUCAGCUCCUCAGCCAGCCCUCUCCCCGUCCCUAGCCAGCAGCCUUCCAAAGUCUGAACCCCUCUCCCCCCCCCGACCCCCUGCUCCGUAACUGUUAUGUGAUUUGAGCGACGUGUUCAGCUUGUAAUUCUUCUCGUGUUGACAUUGGCCUCAGCUGCCUCUUGGAUGAGUUUAUCUCUCUUUUUUUUAAAAAAAAAAAAGAUUUUGUUUUAUUUCAUUUUUUUGUUUUUAAGAAACACAGGCCGUCUCUGUGAGUAAUGUGAUGGUGCUCGUUGGUCACUUUUGGGAGAAAGUGGGCCCCACUGUGGCUGAAUUGGUGGCAAAGUUAGGUUUACAAUAACUCUGAACAGGGUGUUAAAUGUUUAAGCAGGCUUGAUAUUAAACAAACCAAGAGAGAACGUGAGACAGAGAGAGAUCACAGAAAGUACCGUGAUCUGUUUUCAUAGCCAACCAGUGCGAUCAGGCUCACUGCAACAGACUAGUAAUGGGAGUACAGCAGCCUUUUUUUUUUUUUUUUUUUUCCCUUAAUUUUUCUGUCUCAAGCACUUCAAAGAUGAGUGAGUAUGGUGAGUGUGAGAAGAAGGUGAAAGCAGGAAGGUCAGAAAUGUUUUGUCUUUUUUAAAUUUAUUAAACCCAAAGUAACCUGAGGUUUCAGGUCUCUGUGUGCAUCAUGUAGGUUAAUAAUUGCUUUAACAAUCAGAAGCGUUAUCAAUACUAAACAAAUUCACAUCUUCAAGACAGUUUUAAUGGUGAGGUUCAUCAGUUUUAGGUGAGUCACCUAUUGAUCAUUAAACAAGCCUCCAUCAUUCAGAGACAAUGGAAUAAUUUGCAUUAAAAUCUGAUAUACUGGUGAGGCCAGUAUCACGGGAUUAUCACCAAUCUAUCUAUAUUAGCAUGUAUAUGUCAGCUAAUAAGAAACAAUAAAUAGCAGCCGAGAAAUGUCAAAGAUUUGUGAGAAGAUAGAAACAGUUUCUAUUACACAGUAAGCUGAUAUUCAAACUGUUCAUGGUUUCGCUCAGCAUGCGUCAAGUCACAAUUUCAGAUUCCUUUUAUUGUCAUUUUUAUGAGGAAACAUAAAAACGAAAUACUGUUUCACGUCUAAAACCGGCAAAAGUAAAAGUUCUCAGUAAAUCUAAAAUGGAAGCUAUUAAAAGGGCCAAUAAAGUGGCAAUUUUAGUGAAACUUAAAGCUGGGGUAGGCAGUUUUCAGGAAAAGGGAAAAAAUACACCAUCCUCCUGCAGCUCUCCCUUCUUUGUCCUAAGCCCCGCCCAUCUGACAAGCUCGGGCAUAUGCCUACGCGUCAUACGAAUAGAAGUCUUUCAUUUCAAUCAACCCAAUCGUGAUUGUGGUAUAGAGUCCGUUAUACAGCAGCAAUUCUAUGAGAAUUACUCUGUUUUCUUUGCGAACUUAAAGCCCUUUAAGAAGACACACUGUGAUCAAGGCUCUCGCUCACAUGAGCCGUGAGCCUUUAGCUUUCAUUGGCAGAAGGCUAAACUAUUAAAAACUGAAACGCUUCACCGAUUUACACGUGUUUCAUUUAAUUCACCAUCAGACUCUCUUUUUCAAUUACCUGUAUGUAACUUCCUUUUUUGGGUUGCUUCGCAGUUGUUGCCUAGAGUAGCAACUUUGUCUGUGGGAUUCUCAACUACUAAAUCAGGCUUGCAUGCGUGCGUGCAUUUUUGUAACAUUCAAUCUGAAUGCCGUCUCUCUCUGAUAUGACCUGUGAUUGGCCAACGUCUUCUGUUAUGUGCUAUAUAGUCUAAAGCCUGAAAACAGAGCCAAGAGGAGAUGCAGAAGUCUAAUGUUCUUUCAGACCACGUAAAUCACAAUAUGCUCAAAGUUUAUUAUGGGAUUUUUGCCCAGUGAUGCCAAAAUAAAACUGCCUACCUCAGCUUUAAAUGUCAAAAAACAAAUAUUGGCCGAUAUAUCACCAUCUGAUCUUUUUAAACUUUCAAAUAUGAGUAUUUUUACGUCCCUUAACAAUCAAGAAUUUGAUAGGCUUCCGUUUGCAAGCAACUUUUUGUUUAAAUAUAUCAAAAUCAAAUCGGCAAGGUUUGGUUUUAUUAAAGGUAUAGUCGGACAUUUUGGAAGUUAGGUGAGAAGAUUGUGCUGUAUGGUAAAUAUGAAGCCACACUGUAAACAGUCUGUAGGUUCCAGAACUCAAAAACUAGCUCUUCUAAAGCUCACUGAUUAACACGUUAAAUUUUAUUCGUUUUAUCUGUACAGAAACUGAAGUGUAAAACCGACAAUUCGUGGUUUUGUGCUGGGCUAUUUCUUGGCUGGUUUCGGUGACUAACUGGAGAUAUAAUGUGUGAAUUACUGAGCUUUGUAGGAACUAUGAGGCUGAUUUUGUUUCUGUUGGACAGAGGCAGGCUAGCUGUUUCCCCCUGUUUCCAGUCUUUGUGCUAAGCUAAGCUAACUGUCAGCUAAAGGUGGUUUCUUAUUUACCACACAGACAUGAGUGGUAUUGACCUUCUCUUCUAACUCGACGCAAGAAAGGAGGUAUAAGCGUAUUCCCAAACAUGCCAAACUAUUCCUUUAAACUAUUUCACUUUAAAUUGUAUGCAGACUAUGUUCUAAUCAUUUAUACAAGUGAUAAUAAAACGCGAAGAGCCUGAAUGCAGUUUUCAGAUUGAUGCUUUCAAGCCUCACUGACAUGAAACAUUGCUAGUAGAUGAAUAAAAUGUAUUGAAAAUUAAAAAACUAAUGUUCAAACUACAUGUCCUAAUACUCCGACUGAUUAAUGAUCAAUAGGUUAAUCAUCAGACGAUGUUUCCGUUUGAAGAGGACAAAAAAAACCCCAGAGUUUUACUCUACAUUUCUUUGGUUUGUAGAAUAACCUACAUUCAGAUUCACGCCUUUUUUCCGCCUGUCGUACAUCAAAGUGAGUUGUCGAUGCUACACUCAGUGUUUAUUGUCUUUUCUGACAUUUAAAUUAGGGAGACAUGAUUUUUUUUUUUUUUUUUUUUAACUGCCCAAUGUUUUGUUGUGAGAGUUCGAUAGCGUCAGAUUUUGCUAUUAUACAAUCAUAACAGAAUGAGAAAUGUGACUCAUACAAUGUGUGUGUGUGUGUGUGUUGAACAUAUGGUGUGUGUGCGUGUGUGUUUUGGUUUUAUUGUAAUUUUAGGGCUAUGAUUGAUUGCUGCAAUCAUCUCUAUGCUAUCUAUGAGCACAAAAGCGGAUGCACACAGUGAUUAAAGACUAGAUUUUUUUUUUUUUUUUGUGGGAAGGGUUUCUCAAGCACAGAACAGGGAGAUCAGCGGUUCUGGAAACCUGUCCUCUGUGUCCUGUAACAAGUGGCUCCUCAGUCAGACAGGUGCUGAACUUUAGAGACACUAUGUUAACAAAAAAAAGCCCUUUGCACACUUUCACUUUCUGUUGAUCUUAACUGUUUUUAAGAUGCAAAGCACCUCCUGGAUCUCUGAGUCGCUCGCACUCAUUCGUUCAUUGAUUCAUUCACUCACUGUCAGACAGGCUGAGUUGUGAGCCGUCGUCCACAGUUGACAAUUAAUAGGAUUAUUUCUCCUCUCUUUGAUGCUGCGGGACUGUGUGUGGUGCUUUGCAUCUGUAACACUGUGUGUCCUUGUCUAAAGGUAGAGUUCAACAUUUUGGGAAAUAUGCUUUUUGCUUUCUUGCCAAAGGUUAGAUGAGAAGAUGACUGUACAGUAAAUAUGAAGCAAAGAAAGAGUUAACAUAAAGACUAGAAACGGGGAAACAGCUAGCAUGGCUCUGUUAAUGGGUAACACAAUCUGCCUGUAAACACCUCUAAUGCUCACAAAUUAACAUGUUGUAUCUUAUUUAUCCUUACAAAAAAGCUAAAAAAAUGUCAGUUUAUUUUCAGAGUCACGAAAUUCUUAGAAAAUUUAUGAAAGUAGGGAAACUGUUUUCCAGGCCUGGAGCAGUGUGUUUUACAUUGUGUUCACACCGGGCGCAAAUAAAACAACUUGUGUGAGUGAGUUACAUGUAAAGUCAAUGUAAAGACGCGAUUAGACAUGAACUCCCGCUGGGCAGUGCGUUGGAAGUGACACGAAAUACACAAAUUAAUUGCCAUGAAUGAAGUGAGUAGCGCGACUUUGUGUCAUACGCUUGAGCGACCAAUUCACACUGUGAUAGCCAAUCAGCACUGAGAUCCUCUGGGAACGACUGACGCAAUAGACGGACCGGCAGAGGUUCACUCAUCAGUUCAGCGAUUUCACACACGUAUGAAACAAGUCAACACAAAAUAUUCUUAAAUUCUAGUGUUCAAACUCACAUGAGUAACGCGACACGAAAAUUUGCAUCGUCUGGUGUGAACACAACAGUAGAAAAGUUGUAAAUGUACAUAGUUUUGGCUGUUGUUUCAAUUGUGACUGUAAAAUUCCCAAAACAUGUCUAACGUUAAAGAAAAUAUGUUCCUUGUAUUACAGUAGUGUGACCGUUGAAACAUCACUAGUAUUACAAAAAAUCACGUGAUACACAUAGGUAUCGCAUCAUUGCCAGUGACUGUAUAUAAAGACGGACAAUGAGUCUCCACUUUCUCCCACUUUACAAAAAUGAAGCCAAAAUAUAUAAAUACGCAUGCUGCCAUCUUGUGCUCGUCAUGUUAUUUGGAGCCAGAGUCUGUGCAGUAGCGAUCUCUUGUCUCUUUGGUAUCGUAGUCGAUCUCGAUCUCUUUGGAGACAUAGUGUCCCAUCUGACCAAUUGCAAACAGCACAUUGAUUGCAAGCUGCCAUAUGGCCUGUACGUUUUGUUGGGAAGAAUCAUGCUGUCACAUCAGGAGAGAAACAAAAAAAUGCUAAAAAGACAAAAUGCAGUAAGGCUGUUGUGUUGCGGGUAGUCUCGCUCACCGGUCUGGCUGGGCCGACUCUCACUUGUAUUUCUUUCAACCAAUCACAAUCGUUCUGGGCGGUGCCACAGCAACGGUGUGCUUGCAAAAAUAUUGCCGGGGGGAAACAGGUUUUGGCGUAACACGCCCACAAAAAUAUUGCCUACAGGACGCGAACCAUGGCAGAAAAAUGGCUACAUACCCACAAGAUCAAACACUGCAAAAGUUAGUAAAGGACGUGUUGAAAACAGUUGAAAACUGCUACACAACCGGAGGUGGUAGGGCGGGACUUCAGCGGGUGGCUCGUUCCGCCCAAUGAGAGGCUGAUCUAUGCAGCGAACUUCCGCCCACUCAGACUAUGUUGCGGGUUAACUGAGAUUUGUGGCUCAUAAGAUUCGUGAAUACUCACUGUCAGUGUGGUAAUUCUCUAACUGAUGCUGGUGACAGACAGUUACUACUGAUGGUUAGCUAACGUUAGCUUGAGUGUGCCGCUGCUGCAGUAAUGUCACAGUCAUACAGUACAGCAGAAUCAGACUCAGUCAUUUCCAACUCCACCUCAGUCCAGAUGAACCAGUUUGCUAUUAACAGGUUGGUUAUUUAUAGACAACACUUAGCCUAAUGAUACCUGGUGAUUCAAUCAAAUAUGUAUGGAUGUCAGGCAAACGCCUGGGAAGUGCUUGUUCAAUAAUGUAUGGCUGUGUUGCUAUAUAGGCCUACCCAUACUUAUUUUUAUUUUUAUUUAACCUUUAUGUUACCAGGAACAUUCCCAUUGAGAUCUCUUUUGCAAAGGAGUCCUGACCGAGACAAAAUCACAAAUAAAAAUAAGCAACCGACCUACAUCCUGUUUAUAUAAUCUCCCAUGCUCAUAAGAUAAUCGAAUUUAAGGAAGACUCUGUAGCGGAAACCAAGAUGAGGGAGCAAAAACUUAAAGGAUGACGUACAUAAGUUAUCUGCGUGACAGAAGGUUGCAGCUGCUGAUAGUUUUGGAAGUAGAGAACAUCAGUAAGGAGGCAGGUCAUGUAUUAUGUCCUUACAGUCUUUGAAAAAUGUACCAGUGUUCAAUUUUACAUGUGUACAAAGAACAAACCAACUGCAAUAACUACUUUAAGUCGUGGAAAUGGGGUAAAAUAUUAUGGAAAAGUUUUAAAAAUUCAUAAAUGUGGUAAAAAUGUGUGUAAAGCCUGUGUUGUUUUUACGGUAGAGUGUCAAACUGUUUCCUGUCCGAGUGGAGUCACUUCUGGAGAUACAACAUGCUCACACUCAGCUUUAGAGGUGCUGGUAGGCUGAUUUUGUUCCCAUUAGACCGAGCCAGGCCACCUGUUUCUCCCUGCUCCAGUAUUUGUGCUAAGCUAAGCUAACCGUCUGUCUGUUGCUUCAUAUUUACCGCGCACACAUGAUAGAAAGUGGUAUCAAUCUUCUCAUCUGACUCAACAAAAAAGCAUAUUUCCUAAAAUGUCCUUUGGGAUAUUUCAGCACCUGGGGACUCCAGUGGUCACUGUAGUUUUGAUUUCAUAUUUGGAUGACAAUCAUGGAUUAUUUUUUAUGAUAUAUUACAUAAUGUCUUUGUUAUUGUGAGAAAAACCACGUUCACGUCUCACACGGUGGUUUUAUUGGAUAUUAUAGAACCAGAUGUUUCUACGUUUGAACACAUAGAAGGUUAUUUGAAACUCGAACCAGCCCAGUUUUAUACUGUAGAUCUUCUGUUUAACUGUCCACAGCUGCACUGUGCAGAUGAAGUCAAGUUCUCCUCUUCUUUCAACCGAUGAUACUGCCAUUCAUUUUUAUAUUUUCCUGCCAAUCACACCUGUCCACUUCCUGCUUCUCUCCGCUGUCUUGUCUGUGUUUGUGUGGCUAAUCGUUGUAUGUGGAGGAGUUCCUCGCCUGUGGAUCUCAACUAUGAGUUUUUUAAAGUUUUGUUCGACUGCCAGGAUUUCUUAGUUAGUGCUCAGACAGAAUGCGUAGUCAGUUGAGUGACCCGAAUCAUGACUCUUUUAGGUGAGUGUGGGCCAAAGGACUGCAACUGAAGACAGCAGUGACAGAGUGUUUUCAUUAGGACUCUGUGGACCCGACAGUAGAGCUCAUCCUGUGAGUCCUCGGUUGGUGUGAAGGCGAAGCGUGUUCCUUCCAGGUGAAGAUUGUGAACACACUUAUUAGAGCACAGCAGCCCAUUGAGGAAAAAUUGAGCAAAAACGGACGUGGCUAAAAGGGAAAAAAAAAACAAAGGUGAAGACAAUGACUGGAUCACAAUCACAAUUUUACAAUAUGUCUGUAUGUGUGUGCGUGUGUGUGUGUGUGUAUUUGUGUGUUUGCUUGUGUGAGUUUUAGUUCUUUUUCAAAAAUUUAAGUUUUUAAAUACCGCUGGACAUGUACCUGCCAGAGAGAUUACUAUUAUUGGGAAAAAAAGAUAAAAAAAAGAAAAAAAAAAAAAGAAAGCCUUGUUACAAUAUGGGAGAGAACUGCCAACAAGUACUGCUGAUUGGGGCCUAUUUUAUUCAGUGCUGGUGUGUUGUUGUGCUUGUACAUAUAUGUCUUUUCAAUCAUCCCUUUUUUCCUCUUGGGGGUGGGGUAUCAAGGCUCGGGGUGGGUCUUAUUCACGAAAGACAGGAGCGAAAAAGAAUAGAGUAUUUUGUUAUUGUCCAAUCAGAGGGUGACAGUAUGUAUAUAUCUAUAUUGUAUAUAUGUGAUGAAAAUGCGUUGGCUUUUUGUGUGACACUACCUUUUACCUGUACUAUGGUUCUACAUUCAGUGUUUCAGUGUUGAUAAUAUAUAUUUGGUUUGUGUUUUAUUUUUCUGUUUUGUUUGAUUUCGUCUUUGUCAUUUCUUGUAUUUUUUUUUCUCCUAUUUGUCCUCUCUUUUUUUGUUUAUUGCACGGUUUAUUACUUUUGUUGUCCAAUGAGGUGACACAGCUACUCUUUGUAUUCGUUUAGUGCUGUAAAAUAACUCAAGUGUUAUUAGAACUGUCGAUACCGCCCACCCCACCCCCUUCCCCAAUAUGCAUGAAUGGCACUUAAAGAAAUAAAAUAUGGUAACUUCA